AAAAAACAAGCCCUUCGUUUUCUCCGUUAGUGUUGUUUUCAGAGGAAGCAGCGCACCACCACCACUAACAAACAAAAACAACAAUGGCCCCUCCUAAGUAGCUGCUUACCCUCCUUUUCUUUUACACUCCAUUUUCACCUUCCUUUCUUUCUAAUCUCUUUCUCUCUCUACAAUGGCAGUCUCUGUGUGGGCUUCUCUCAUGGCGAGCUGGUUCAGCCCCAGCUCUCUCUUCCUCUUCCUCAACCUCACCAUCGGAACCAUCUUUCUCAUGAACCGGUUCGGAGCCCGAAGAAAUCCCGAAUAUCAGCAACUCGGACAACCUUACGACUCGUCCCAACUCGCCCGAGCCACCUCGCUCCUCGACCGAGUUAGGUCCAUGAACUUCUCUCUCUACAAAUUCGAACCGCCCAGCGAAGAAUCGGAGCUCCACAAUCUCCCGGAACCCGAUCGCGCCGCCGAAUAUCCCACUCAGCUCGUCCGAACUCCGUCUUUGCUCGAGCGGCUUAAGUCCAUCAAACUCUACAGAUCAGAACAGCCGGAACCGGAAACAUUUCGGCCUGAUUCGAGCCCGGAGUUUAACGAUCACGCCGCCAAACACCCGGCUCAGCUCGUCCGAACUCCGUCUAUGUUGGAGCGCCUGAAGUCCAUCAAACUCUACAAUUCCGAAAGCCAUGACCCGAAGCCCGAACCGGAAAGUUUUCGCCCUCAUCCGAGCCCGGAGUUUCACGAUCACGGCAUGAAGAGGAGCCAAUCGGAGUCGGUCGGCGAGGUCACGACGAAAGCGGAGAAGAUGACGAAGUCGGCGAGUGAGAAGUUGGCGGCGGUUGGAGGAGAGGAGGACUGCGGCAGCGGAGAAGACGAGAUCGCCGCCGUGGAGAUUCGGAGGCCGGCGACGACGAGGGUCGACCAAACGGCGACGUCUUUGGAAGACGACGGAGUGGACGCGAAAGCUGACGACUUCAUCAACAGGUUUAACCAGCAGCUGAAGCUGCAAAGGCUCGCGUCACUGAAGCGAUUCAGCGAAAUGUGGAAGGGGAAGUGAUUCUUUAACUAAUUAAAGAUUAGCUUAAUUUUCUUAAUUAGUACUAAUUUUCUUUUUUCUUUUUCCCGUUUUGGUUUUGUGCUAAGUAGUUUUGUAUUGUAUGAAACUUUUUUUCUUGCUUUGUGAGAGUUAUGGAUAUUUUGGUAA